UUAAUAGUUGCCAAUAAAUUCAACCUGCUUAAACAAAUAAAUCAAAUAAAAAUAAAAAAUAAAAAUAAAUAUAGUGCCCCUUUUCUAGGUACAGUGAUAUAACAUGUAGUGUUGAAGGAUCUUUUUUAAAAUAUAUGAACCUUUCUUUUACUUAGCAAUUCACUCAAGCAUGGAGAAACAAGGAAGAAGUUCUGAAGAUAGCGAUUUUACUAGUACCAAAGUAAAGUCAUUUGCAAGCUUCAGGAAAAGUAAGGGGAAAGAGUGGAAAUCCCGAGUGACAAAGUUUAGUAAAGAAGAGAAAAAAUAUGAAGAUGUUGUGGUUCACUUGGGUCUUAUGGAGUGGAAUGAGAAAGAUCAAAUUCUCAAAUCAAAGAGAGGUAAAAGAUUGCCAUUACGAGUGUCACCUAAUGCAAGUUAUGCUACUCUACGACAACAAGCAGAAGAAAAAUGGAAAACAUUCCACAGCAAUCUUUAUGAUGAAAGUCAGCCGUACCAUUUACUAUUGGAGGAUGGGCAAAAGGCCCUCCUUUUACCCGGGUCAAAGAAAGAGCUCUUCACACUGAGCAGAUAUCAAGAGGAAUUAGGGAAAGAUUUUAAAAGAAUCACUUUUUUCUUGUGUCCCGAUCGUGACUUUCAAAUAUCUGAAGGUAACUUUGAUGAGCAUGAUUUGACUGACUUUGGUGAUGAUGACAGUGAUGCCCCUAGUUCAUGUAAUAAACGCCAGAAAUGUGAAAUUGACCUAACCUGUAACAGUGAUCACAAAACAAGCACUCAAUGCAGUCAGUUUUAUCAAGACCAGCUGAUGGAGAUGACUCCGAAGCUUGAAUGUGAGUAUCAGCUCGACCAAGAUCAGAAGCACGAAUGUGAUCAGUCUAAACAUGUUCAGCAGCUUCAGCAGCUUGAGGAAGAUGAAAACUUAGCUUUUGAUCUUCAAAGAUGCUAUGAUGUGGAGGAUAUCAUCACCCAUGAGGAAGAAAACACGACAAUCAGUGAUUCAUCUUCAGUGGUAACCCAUUUGGGUAGGCAGGUAGAUGAGUCAAGUAAUUUUUUCAUCGUAGUAAGAAGAGGUGCCCCAUUAGACAGGACACUAUCAAUAUGGAGCAGAGAAGUGAAAAAGAACACUGGUAGCACAAAGAAAAUUGUAAGAGUCCACUUCAGUGGAGAAAAAGGAAUUGAUUCUGGAGCAAUGGCAAAGGAGUUCUUUACCAUCACUCUUCCUAACAUUGGCACUGUCAUCUUCCCAAAUGGGCAGCCAGUGGAUUCCACAUACCAUGUACAUAAUGGAAACUUCAAAGUCUGUGGAGAGAUUGUGGCUGCUAGUAUAGCCCAAGGUGGGCCAGCACCAUGUUUCCUGGAGGAAAGUGUCUAUGGCUUGAUGGCAGAUCCAAAUGUUCCUCUCCAGCAACUUGACAGUGGAAAGCAUCUGACGACAUCUGACAGGGAAUUACUGGAUGCAAUCAAAGAGGACAUAAUGGCACACACCGACACUAUUAUUGAGCAUGGGUACACAGGGACUGUUGAGGCUUCUCACACUGAAGAGAUCCUUAGUUCUGUAGCAAUCAGUUUAGUGACCAAGAGGCUUGUUUACCUCAAGGAAUUCCUGAAUGGGUUAGAUUCCUAUGGUUUGAAAGACAUUAUCCAAACCCACCCCGAAGCUUGUAAGCCACUCUUUGUGAAAAAUGCAGGUGACAUUGGUGCAGUUGAUGCAAACUACUUGUUUUCAUCACUGCACCCAGAACAUGCUAAGGAAGGAAGCUCACGAAGGAAAGUUGAAGAGGCGACAAUGGACCUUCUUCAAGAUUUCCUCUUUCACCUUGAAGAUGAUCCAAAUAUUAAUUGUUCUGGGUAUGCAGAGGCAAUGGCAAGUUGUGAGGACACAGGCAAGGAAGCUGCAGGAUCACAGGAAGAGUUGCUCCUUCCUGACCUAACACCAGCAGGUGUUUUGGGCUGGUUGACUGGGCAGAAACACAAGCCUAUCAGUGGAGAACAAAUAUCAAUAACUGUCAAAUUUGAUCAUGAUUGUCUUAUCAGGAAUCCAAAACACCAAAUUUGUUUUCCAGUAGUUAGAGCAUGUGCAAAAGAAGUCACUUUCCCCAUAGCACACAUGAAAACACAGGAAACUUUCAAUGAAAUCUUAAUGUUAGCACUAUCCAAGGGACAAUCGUUUGGUAUGGCUUAACGCUAUUUAAGACUUUUAGGUAAAAAUGGUUUUCCAUUAGGGACCACUGCAAAGAGAUUUACAGGACAAACAGAUGUUGCUUUCACAAUCGUUAUGGCAUUGUUAUAGAGUUUAAAAAAAAAAACCACAAGUUAAUGUUAAAGUUAUUUCUGAGGCAUACAAAUGCAGCUAUCAUAUCAACUUUGAAAAUUGAUAAGGUUUUUGAGAUUCCUAAUCAUACAUGUUCAUAUGACCUUAUGUCUGUUACAACAAUGUUCUUCAGUGCAUUUCUUUCAUUAACAAGAGUAGCCUCAUCUUCUGGUUAAUGAUAACACAAAUACAGUUUUCAUAAAGUCUUGGAGAUCAAUUUGAUCAAUAAAAUACUUAAGUUAAUGUUAUAUUUUGA